AUGUUGCUCGACGAGGAUCCUGGGACACUCAUCCACCACACCAUCGGCAACUUCAACAUCCAACCGGACAAACAAGCUGUCACACGCAUCAAUGACUCCCUCUCAACACUGCAGCAAUCGCGCGACCUACGCAUCCGCGAGGCUGAAACUUCCCUGCGCAAACUUGCCCGCCAUCUCAACUCCCUGACCACCCAACAUGAAGAAGCUGUGGCGGUGCACGACUCCAGCAAGCACGCCGCCGAGAUCGUCGAGCUGGACACCAAGAAGUUCCGCAUCGCUAAGGCCGCCUCGGAGCUAGAAAUUGAAAGCGAGCGUCUUGAGAGUGAGCUCGAAAUGCUAAAGGAGCGACUAGCCGACCUGGAGUCACAAGGUCUCGAAGGAGACGAGACCACACGCCGUGAGCGGGAGGCAGAUGACGCGACGAUACUGCGGCUCAAAAUCUUCCGUUCCCUGGGCAUCGAUAUCGAGCCCGACGAGGCUGGCAAUUUCAACCGGGCUGUUAUUCGCAAUAGUCGCAAGGGCGAUGUGCACGUCGUCAAUAUUGACCCGAAGUUCUCCCGUUUCUUCUACGCCAACUACUUUUGGUCGACAAUGCAGGGAUAA